GUUUUGGCCGCAGUCAAAUUGCCGUUUCGGACUCGACGGUCACAUAUUCAAUAAAAAGCAUGGACUGAUUGAUUACAUAUACCUAACACUCUUCCCAAUGUCAGUACAAGUCGCAAUCGCAUCGGAGCCACUCGCUCCAAGAUCAUCCCUAUACACCUGUCUAGCUUGUCAAGUUGCCUUUCAUUCCUCAGAAAAGCAGAGGAAUCAUUAUCGUACGGACUGGCACAAGUACAAUCUGAAACGUAAAGUUGCAGAACUCAAUCCUAUAUCAGCAGAGCAGUUCGCUCAAAAAGUCCUAGCGCAACAAGCAAGAGGACGAGAAGAGGAAGAACGCCAUGACCUAGUAUAUGACUGUGUACUUUGCCAGAAAACGUAUAGAUCGGAACAGGCUUUCACAAACCAUGUGCAAUCUAAGAAGCACAAGGAUACAGAGCUGAAGGCUGAGCAACUGCAUGAGUUGCCACAAUCAACAAUUAUCAUUAAUAAUGGACGACUCCUACAAGACGAAGAUGACGAAUCAGUUUCUGAUAUUCACAGCCAGGCAUCUCGUAUAGAACACAUUGAUGAGCCGGACAAGGAUUGUUUAUUCUGCAGACACCAUGCACUUGAAAUGGACGAAAAUUUGAAGCAUAUGGAGAAAGCCCACGGUUUUUUCCUUCCUGACCCGGAUUAUCUCAAAGACACAUCUGGAUUCCUUCAACACUUGACGAACAAAUUAGUACAAGAACACUUGUGUUUAUACUGCAACGGCAGAGGUAGAGAAUAUAGAAGUUUAGAAGCUGUUCGAGCACAUAUGCUUGAUUGCGGACACUGCAAAGUCUCAUUUGAAACCGUUGGCGAUUUGGAGGAAGUGAUAGAAUUUUAUGACUAUGAUCUGUCAGUCAUCGAAAGUGAUAUGGAUGUUGAUGAGUCAUCGAAGACGAAAUCUGGUCAGCCAUCAGAUCUUGUCGAGGCAGAACUUGUUUUGCCCAGUGGCACUCGGAUAGGGCACAGAAGCUUCAAUGUUUAUUAUCGACAGAGUCUGAGACCAGUGGAUGCACGUGAGAGUGUUGCUGCCAAUAGACUAUUGACGCAGAAUGGCGAAGGCACGGAAUCACUUUCGAAAUCUCAGAAAAAGCGAAUGCAUCAGCUCGCUAUUACCGAUGGAUCAUAUUCUCCUGAACAGCAACAGUCAUUAUCAGCUGUCAAGCAGAGACAGAAAUUCCAGUUACGAAUGGGUGUGCGCAACAAUGGUUUGAUGAAACACUAUCGUCUCCAAAACCCUGUGUAAAUGAACCCCUCCUGUAUAUCCAUGCUGUAACAUUCAUGAAUAAAAAACUACAAUCGGUUCUGAUUGGAAUGUCCAUACCUGCGAAUUUAUCAUAAUUUCUGUCAUCCAAGAAUUUCUUUUCCUGAAAGGAAUUCUUCCUUUUUCCAAUUGUUCGAUGUAUAUGCGCUCUACUGCAACUAAAUUCCCUUCUUCACUGCAUAUUAUGUACAACCGGAAAAGCAAUCGAUCGAGCUCCAGCGUGAAUAGUAAUGCAAGUUCUACCGAU